AUGGGACACCAUCUCUCUGCCAACGGCCAAAGCGGCGAGUUCCAAUUUGGAGGACAUUGGAAGAAAGAGUUUCCCUUUGACGCAGAAUGGCUCAAUCUCAAUCACGGUUCCUUCGGUUCCAUCCCAAACGUCGUCCGUGACAAGCUCCGCCACUUCCAGGACGAGGCCGAGGCGCGGCCAGACAAAUUCAUCCGGUACGACUUCCCCAAGCUGCUCGACGAAUCCCGAGCGGCCAUCGCCGAGCUCGUGCGGGCGCCCGUCGAGACCGUCGUCAUGGUAUCGAACGCGACCGAGGGCGUCAACACGGUGCUGAAGAACCUCGUCUGGAACGACGACGGCAAGGACGUCAUCUUCACCUUCUCGACCGUCUACGAGGCCUGCGCCAAGGUGGCCGACUAUCUCGUCGACUUCUACGACGGCAAGACGGAGCACCGGGAGAUUGCCAUCCGCUACCCGCUCGAGGACGAGGCCAUCGUCGACGCCUUCCGAACGGCCGUCAAGGAGGUCGAGGCGGCGGGGAAGCGCGCGCGCGUCUGCAUCUUCGACGUCGUCUCCUCCCGCCCCGGCGUCGCCUUCCCCUACCUCGACAUGAUCAAGGCGUGCAAGGAGCUUGGCGUCAUCAGCAUGGUCGACGGCGCCCAGGGCGUCGGCAUGGUCCCCUUGGAUCUCGAAAGGGCCGAUCCCGACUUCUUCGUCUCCAACUGCCACAAGUGGCUGCACGUGCCGCGCGGCUGCGCCGUCUUCUACGUGCCCCUGCGCAACCAGCACCUUUUGCCGUCGACGCUGGCGACGAGCCACGGCUACAUGCCCAGGCUCGCCACCCGCGGCUCCCCGCUGCCGCCGAACGGCAAGGGCGCCUUCGUGGCCAACUUUGAGUUUGUCGGCACCAAGGACAAUGGCCCGUAUCUGUGCGUCAAGGAAGCCAUCGCCUGGAGGCAAAACGCCCUCGGCGGCGAGGAAAAGAUCCUGUCCUACCUCUGGGAUCUGAACAAGAAAGGCAUCCAGCACGUCGCCGGCGUUCUGGGCACCGAGGUUCUGGACAACAGCAAAGGAACCAUGACGAACUGCGCCAUGGGCAACGUUGCGCUGCCCAUCUGGAUCGGCGAAAAAGGGCAAGGCGCCAAGGACGGCGACGUGGUUGUCCCCGUCGACGACCAAGAAACGGCAUUUCAGUGGAUGUCGAGGACAAUGGUGGACGAUUACAAAACCUUCAUGUCGCUCUUUGUGCUCGGAAACCGAUACUGGAUUCGAAUCAGCGCUCAGGUGUACUUGGACAUGAAGGAUUACGAGCUUGCCGGUACCGUGUUGAAGGACCUUUCGGCGAGGGUAGGCAAGCGGGAGUAUCGAAAGGCCUAG